AUGAUGCAAAGCUCAGCACUCGCUACGGAAGGUUCUGUCAAGGGGCUUCCAGAAAUUCUUGGUGUGCCAAUGCAACAGAUACCCCAGUGCGCUGGCUGCAACCAGCACAUCUUGGAUAAGUUCAUCCUGAAAGUCCUUGAUCGACACUGGCACGGCUCUUGCCUCAAGUGUGCAGAUUGCCAGAUGCAGCUGGCGGAACGUUGCUUCUCCAGAGCCGGAAGUGUCUAUUGCAAGGAAGACUUCUUCAAGCGUUUUGGUACAAAAUGCACAGCAUGCCAGCAGGGAAUCCCACCCACCCAGGUGGUCAGAAAAGCCCAGGACUUUGUCUAUCAUCUGCACUGCUUUGCCUGCAUUAUCUGCAACCGCCAACUGGCCACGGGGGAUGAGUUUUACCUCAUGGAAGAUGGGCGCCUGGUGUGCAAGGAGGAUUAUGAAACAGCCAAACAGAACGAUGAUUCAGAGGCUGGAGCCAAGAGGCCUCGAACCACCAUCACAGCUAAACAGUUGGAAACAUUAAAAAAUGCCUACAAAAACUCCCCCAAACCAGCCAGACAUGUGCGGGAACAGCUGUCCUCUGAGACAGGAUUGGACAUGCGGGUUGUACAGGUCUGGUUUCAAAACAGAAGAGCCAAAGAGAAGCGACUGAAGAAGGACGCUGGGCGACAUCGUUGGGGCCAGUUCUACAAGAGUGUUAAGAGGAACAGAGGAGGCACCAAGCAUGAGAAAGAGAGCUCUGCAGAGGACUGUGGAGUUAGUGACAGUGAGCUGAGCUUCAGAGAAGACCAAAUCCUCUCAGAGCUGGGCCACAACAGAAUUUACAGCAACACUGGAGAGGUGGCUGGUGGACAACUAAUGAAUGGUACUUUCUCUCUGGAUGGGACAGGACAAUCCUAUCAAGACUUGAGGGAUGGAAGCCCUUAUGGAAUCCCACAAUCUCCAGCUUCCAUAUCAUCUCUUCCAUCACAUACUCCAUUGCUAAAUGGUUUGGAAUACACAAUGGACAAUAAUUUAGGAAUAAUAGCACAUGGAGGGCAGGGGGUGAGCCAGACACUCAGAGCUAUGGCUGGGGGCCCAACCUCUGAUAUUUCCACUGGAAGCAGCGUUGGUUAUCCAGACUUUCCAACAAGUCCUGCCUCCUGGCUUGAUGAAAUGGACCAUCCUCCUUUUUAA